CAGGAGCAGCUGGUAAGACCGAGAGCAAAGGGCCAGUGCUCCAUCCACUCUGAGAAUUCAAUGAAGUGAGCCCGGGCUUACUGCGCUCACUUCACUGUCAGGACACGCCGUGGCGUGACCGGAUUUAGUCUUAACUCAUUAACGGUUCUCCAUCGACUAAUUUCCCCCCUCCGGCAACCGGUGGAGGGAGUGAGGGAGGGCGGGAGUUCUCUGCAGGAGCUGCCGGCAGGAUUUCCGCGCAACUUGCCCACAGCGAGCCGCCGGCAGCGUUUGGACAGGGAAGUUGCUUGUUUGGAAUCCGCGCGCAGCGUCCAGCCUGAACUCCCGCAGAUAUGCAGAUAUUCAGCGCGAUGUUAAUCCGAGCAGGCGCCCUCUUCAUGCGUGGAAAAUGACUCCGACCGUCGGUGAUCUUCUUUCCACGAUGGUGAGGAGAUGCCCCGUCACUUUCAAGCCAUUCAGGAUCUUUGUAGUGGGUGUUGGCUUCUUCAGUCUGUGCUUUCUAAUGACUUCUUUUGGGGGCCGCUUCUCAGCCAAGCGACCCGGAGACUCCCCCUUCACCGUGAGGGCAGAAGUUCUGGGAGGACAGGAGUCCCGCGGCGUGCUGAGAAAAAUCAGUGACACCCUGGAGGUGAUCAUGAAAAGAAUGGACGCUCUGUCUAAACUGGGAAACGCCACAGACAACCACCGGCUGGAAGAACUGAGCUCAGCUCUGGACAGGAUUCAGCCUGUUGGAUUGGUGGAGCGGAUCCAGGCCAUAGCUCAGAACAUGUCUGAUAUGGCAGUGCGGGUGGAGCAGAUCCUGCAGCGCAGCAUUGCCACCAACAGAGCCAAAGAUGGGGCUUUUGGACAAUGUGAGAUUCCCAAGGAUCCCCGUUACCCAGACUGCACCAGCAAGAUGGAUUGGAUGCGUGCUCGCUGGACCUCAGACCCUUGCUAUGCAUUUUACGGUGUCGAUGGCUCAGAUUGCUCUUUUCUCAUCUAUCUGAGUGAGGUGGAGUGGUUCUGCCCCCCACUGGUCUGGAGGAAUCAGACCACGACACCCACCGUGAAGCCUCUCGCCAGGAAACAGGCUGUUUUCCAGUCUGACAUCGGCGCCCUUCUGGAGCAGGUCGGCACCGGGAAGGAGUCCCUGAGCUUCAUGAAGAGACGCAUCCGCAGACUGGCAGCGCAGUGGGUUUCUGCAGCUCGACGGCUGGAUGAAAAGCUGCGCAACCGCUGGAGGGACAAAAAAAAAAUUCUAGUCCAUAUCGGCUUUUUGACAGAGGAGUCUGGAGACGUGUUCAGUCCCAAAGUCCUGAAGGGAGGUCCUUUAGGUGAGAUGGUGCAGUGGGCCGACAUUGUCACAGCUCUACACGUUCUUGGACAUAACGUCAAGAUCUCAGUUUCUCUGAAGGAGCUGCAUGGGUUUUUAGGUGUUCCCCCUGGUCGAGGUAGCUGCCCCCUCACCGGAGCUUUGCCCUUUGACCUCAUCUACACCGAUUACCAUGGCUUGCAGCAAAUGAAGCAACACAUGGGUCUGUCAUUGAGGAAGCACAAGUGCCACAUCCGAGUCAUAGACACCUUCGGCACUGAACCGGCCUACAACCACGAGGAGUACGCCACACUUCACGGCUACAGAACAAACUGGGGAUACUGGAACCUUCACGGGCAGCAGUAUAUGACCAUGUUCCCCCAUACUCCAGACAACUCCUUUAUGGGUUUUGUGGCAGAGGAGUUGAAUGAGACUGAGAGACUGUAUAUUCAAAGGAACAAGGUCAACAACAUGGCUGUUGUGUACGGCAAAGAUGCCAGCAUGUGGAAGCUGCAAGAUAAAGAAAAGUUUCUUGCCGUUCUGAAUCGCUACAUGGAGAUUCACGGGACAGUUUACUAUGAGACACAGCGCCCCCCAGAGGUGCCAGCAUUUGUGAAGAACCACGGGCUGCUGCCUCAGCAGGAGCUCCAGCAGCUCCUCCGAAAAGCGAAGGUAUUCAUCGGAUUUGGCUUCCCCUAUGAAGGUCCCGCCCCGUUGGAGGCAAUCGCGAACGGCUGCAUUUUUCUGCAGCCCAAGUUCAAGCCGGCCCGCAGCUCGCUCAAUAACGAAUUCUUUAGAGGGAAGCCCACUUCCAGGAAGGUUUCCUCCCAGCAUCCGUAUGCAGAGCAAUACAUUGGCAAGCCACACGUCAUCACCAUCGACUUCAAUAACUCGGCAGAGUUUGAUGCAGCCAUCCAUGACAUCAUGAAGAUCAAUGUAGAGCCCUUCCUUCCUUAUGAGUACACCUGUGAGGGAAUGCUUGAACGACUACACGCCUACAUUCAAAAUCAGGAUUUUUGUUCCCCUGAGGUUCCGUUUCCUCCGGUAAACUCUUCUGAGGCUUUGCUCGAAAGAUUUUUCAUCCGGGAGCCAAACUCCAGAAUCCUUAGCUGGGCCUCCAGCAUCAUCUCCUUCCCAUCGUGGCCUCCUCUCACUGCACUGCGGCUCCUGACAUCACUGCAAGGCCAGUCAUGUGUGGAAGCAUGUCAGAGCAAAGGCCUGACCUGUGAACCUGCCUUUUACCGCUUCAUCAACAUUAAGGAGGCCUUUAAAGCGCUGGGUUUCCAGUGUGAAGUAGUGGAGUCGGAGAUGAACCACCUCUUCCCUGCCUUCUCAACGGAGCAUGGGGAAUGUUCCCUGCAAGUGGAUCCACUUCUGUUCAGCUGCGCUGGUUCUAGUGCCAAACACCAGCGCCUUUGCCCCUGCAGGGACCACCGGGAUGGACAGGUGGCGCUAUGCAAGGAGUGCCUAUGACCAGAGGGGAGCCCAGUAGAGAGAGACAGUUUUGCAUUAGUUGUACAAAACCAAAUUGACCACCUUUAUCAAGAACUCUGCAGUAUGAAACUGUAAUACCUAAACACGGAUUGGAUAAAUUUACCUCAGACCCAGAAGUGGCUGCAAGUGAAGGGUAAGUUAUAAAUAAUCUCAGGGAACUGCAUGAUUGUACUCUGAAUCUAAUGGGUUUGAAACUUCUGUUUACAAUUUCCCAUGACUGCAAAAGGAAAGAAUAUUACAUGUGAUUAUUUUUAAAUUCAUAGUUGUGUGAAUAAAAGCUGUCAUCGUGGAGUUUGAAUAUUUGUAUUUGAUGCACCCAAAGCCAUGUACACAAAAGUGAAGAUGUGGUAUUUUACAUUUUCUGUGAUGAAUAUAUUUAUGUCAGUAAAUAUAUUUAAUAAAACAAGACGAAACAGUG